AUGGGUCACAUUGUGCAAAUCACGACUGCCAUCGCUAUAUCAUUUGAGUUUGUGCUAGCCACAUCUCUCCUCGCUAUUUUUGCAUCUGCAUACCCUGAUCGAUUUCGUACAGCACUGUGGCGCGAUGGUGGUAACAAGGGCUGGAACUCGGAUCCGAGCUACCGUACAUACUUGUACGCAAACUACAAAGAGAUCCCACCUAUGCCAUUGAUCUGGGAUGAGAGGUCAACGCAGUACAGCCUCUGCGUCGCCAUAAUCACCAUGGUUCUUUGGUUUGUGCGAUUAUGCAUACGGGGACGCACCUUGGAUGUCUAUGGCGCUGCUGUGAGCAACGUGUUGUAUGACAUAAUCUUAAUGGCACUCUGGUCAUACAGUGCGGUCAUUCAAUCUUCCGGCGAUUCCUCCGACCCAAAGCACAUCUCAUUGCGACCAUGGUACCUAGAGCAUGGGUGUAGCGAAGCGCGGUCAAGGAAUCGUGCUGCUUGCCAGGCUGCAAAAGCUUCAUUCGGUCUGGCGAUCUUUGCAGUUCUUUGGUUCGGCUUUCGAUGUAUCACGACAUGCAUGUAUGGCGCUUACAUGUACGGCAAAAGCUCCGAUGAUGCAGACGCUGUCUACUUUGACAACGAGAAGAAGUGCAUCCAGGCUUCACUCGAAUGUAGCUGA